UUGUGUCGGUGUACUUGAGCUACUGUUUACCACCAGAGAUGCAUUCCUAAUUUUUUUGGAGGAAGGUUGUGCCUAUGACGCUUUUCUGGGGCUAGAUCUGAAAUGUUUAAAUCUAUGGGAACACCCGUUCAUGGAAGUAGACGAAUACUUACAAACCAGAUUGAGGACAAGAAUGAAGCAGCUCUUAGAGAUGAAAUCUUGGAUGUGCUGAAACUAGUGUUGGAAGUUCACCGUUUACCUUUGGCUCAGAUAUGGCGAACAUGCAGGGUUUGCAGAUCUCUUUUCAAUAAUGGGGUCUUUGGUUUGAGCCGCAUGAGUGGACUAUCCUAUCUGAUGGAGGAAAAUGAUGAGAUUUUUUUAAGGGCAUGUGGGCAUCAUCACUUAAGAAUGGGUAUGGGGGUUGUUGGGACGGCACUUGAGUCCCUUAAUUUGGUAUUUUGCGCCGAUGUGACCCAAUUCAGCAUAACAGAAUACCCCAUGACACACUAUGCUCGAGAGUUUGGAUUAAGUGGUUGUGGUUGUUUCUCA